CCGAGACGGCCGUCCGGCCUCGCGCCUGCCUAGUCCCUCUCGCCCGGACCCCCCUGAAAUAUGUUCAGGGGCGCUUGGAUGUGGCCCGGGAAAGACGCCGCCGCGCUGACUAUCUGCUGCUGCUGCUGCUGCUGGGCUCCCAGGCCGAGCGACAAACCUUGCGCCGACUCCGAGCGGGCGCAGCGAUGGCGACUAUCGCUGGCGUCCCUGCUCUUCUUCACCGUGCUGCUCGCUGACCAUCUGUGGCUGUGCGCGGGGGCCCGGCCCCGGGCCAGAGAGCUGAGCAGCGCCAUGCGUCCGCCCUGGGGGGCCGGCCGCGAGCGGCAGCCGGUGCCUCCUCGUGCGGUGCUGCCGCUGCCGCCGCCGUCGCCCGGUGAGUCCGGCGCGCCCCCGGGCACCUGCGGCCCCCGAUACAGCAACCUGACCAAAGCCGCCCCCGCCGCCGGCCCCGGGCCGGUUUGCGGCGGCGUCCCAGAGCCCACGGGGCUGGACGCAGCUUGCACCAAAUUGGAAUCUUUGCAGAGACUUUUCGAACCGACCACUCCAGCCCCUCCUCUGCGACCCCUUGACUCCCCUACCCGUGCCCCGGCCGAGUUCCCUUCCGCCAAAAAAAACUUGCUCAAAGGCCACUUUCGGAACUUCACUCUUUCCUUUUGUGACACCUACACGGUCUGGGACUUGCUGCUGGGCAUGGACCGCCCAGACAGCCUGGACUGCAGUCUGGACACCCUGCUGGGGGACCUGCUGGCCGUAGUAGCCAGCCCGGGCUCUGGGGCCUGGGAGGCAUGUAGUAACUGCAUCGAGGCGUACCAGCGACUGGACCGACAUGCUCAGGAAAAAUAUGAUGAGUUCGACCUCGUGCUGCAUAAAUACUUACAGGCAGAAGAGUACUCAAUCCGGUCCUGCUCGAAAGGCUGUAAGGCUGUCUACAAGGCCUGGCUGUGCUCAGAAUAUUUCAGCGUGACCCAGCAGGAAUGCCAGCGCUGGGUGCCCUGCAAGCAAUACUGCCUGGAGGUGCAGACCCGGUGCCCCUUUAUCCUCCCCGACAAUGAGGAAAUGGUGUAUGGAGGACUCCCUGGCUUUAUAUGUACAGGGUUGCUGGAUACUUCACCAAAGCGGCUGGAAACCAAGUGCUGUGAUGUACAGUGGGUCUCCUGUGAGUCGGAGAAGAAGAAGUUCAAGGAAACUGAGGCUCCCAAAACCCACCACCAGCAAUUCCAUCACUCCUAUUUCCACCACUACCACCAACAGUACCACCACUUCCACCCCCGCCAUGAGCCCCCAGGCCGUGUAAGCCACAAACCUUCCCUAUUGCCGGUCUCUGGGGGCUCCCGCCUCAGCCCUAGUAGGAUCCGGCUCUGUGUCCUUGUUCUCAUGCUCCUCCAUACCGUAGUGUCCUUCUCCAGUAAUCAGGGUGGUGGGGGACUGGGGAUGGAGACAGUGCCUGCCCUAGAGGAGGGUCUGACACAGGAAGAAUGACAGUAAGGAGGAUGGCUAGACCUCUGCCACACACUGACAUCAGCUCCAGCCCCCCCUCCAGGCAGGGGGGGAGGGAGCUCCUCCCAUGAGAGGUGCAGGAACAGAUGGGGGCAGGGGAAAAUGGGGGACUACACAUCACCCCCAACCUACCUCCACCCCAAAAGCAGCUCCAACAGAAUGGCCAGAGGGCCCCAGGGAGCUGCAAAAUUCACUGGGGAGAAAAUGGUAGGAAUAGAAGGUGCCCCCUUCCAAGCCCCUCCUAAGGGGCUUAAGCAAAAAAAAAAAAAUGGGGGGGGGAGAGCAGGGGCAAGAAUUGCCUACCCCUGCCAAAAGCCCUGACUCCAGGGAAGGAGGCUGCUCACCCAGCCUCAGCCCUGCAGGGAAUGUUGGGGGUCACAAAGGGGAAGUAGCUCUCCCCCUCCGCAUUCCUUUGUUGCCAAGAUCCUUAAUUCUCUCCCGCCCAUAUCCCUACAGGCGAUGGCAGACAGUGCGAUUGCCCUCCUGCCACUUCUACACACUUUGGCCAUGUGGAACCAUCACCGGUGAAGCAUCAGGCUGGGAGAUGAGGCACACACAGUUGCAGCUAGGCCCAGGCCCCAGUUAGCUGUGCCCCACCACCCUAGGCAGUGAGGGCUUGGAACAGGAUACAGAAAGAGAGGUGCAAGAGAACAAAGAUAGGGGAUGGGGCAGAAGAGAGGAGAGGAGAGAAGUAGACAGAGGGCCUGGGAAGAUGACCUAAUGGUCUACUGCCACUGGUUUUUGGGAGGGGAGUGAUUGGUAUUUAGGCAGGUUCAAGAAGUGCCACCCAAAUCAGACAGAGGUGCAAAUGCAGCCCUCUGGGGAAACAACCCAGGAGCCAAAAAAAAAAAAGGCUGAGGGCACAUGAUUGGACUGCUGCUGUCUGGAGGGCCAUAUCUUACAGAAGGUGCACACACUCCCUAGGGCCUCUCUUGCCCUGGAGAACAUGGCCUUGGGGCCACAGACCUUUCAUUUCCAAUCUCAGUGGGGAGUAGGGACUUGAGCCCAAGUGGGUCAGGCCUGGCCUGGGUCCUCAUGCUCCCCUAUCUUGUCCUAGCCCAGGCCCCCAUGAAGGAGAACCUGGUGGCAUUACCACAGAGCUCUCCAGAGAUGAGCCUCCCCGACCCCACCCUGUCCCCAUUCCCAGCCUACCAAAGAAUAUUGAUCCCUUCCUAUCCCUGACCCUGUGGCUUACUUUCCCACCGUGGAACAGCCAGACGACUACUCACCCUUUAGCAGGUCACCCCUUGCCCUUACUGGACAAAGUCCAGAGACUGGCAAGAAGACUCUUAGAGAUAAUGUGUUGGUGACCCUUUGCUAAGAGACUUGUUUAGUCAAAGCAAGGGGCUGAGUGAGAGAAAAGACAUUGAGGGCCCCUUUGGGGCCCUUGGCCUUGUACUGACCUGCUAGGAGGAGGAGGCCACAUUGCCUGGGCAUCUAUAAGCCAAUAAAAACUGACAAGAACAGGAGCCAGACAUGUGUGGGACAGGCCAGGGGGUUUCAGAAGCAGAAAGGAUGAGUGAGGUGGGACAGGCCUGGAGAAGCAUUCCAGUGAAACUGAGAGGGGAGGGUGAGGGUGAUCUGGGCCUGCUCAGCCUAAAGGAUUAAGGGGAGACCUUCCUUGUAGAGAAGCCACGGCUGAGUCCCAAAUAAGCUUCAUGAGCCUAUGGAACCCUUUCCUGCCAGUUUACUCAUGUCAUAACCUGUCCCCCUCCCUCCCGUUUGGCCCUCAGCACUUUGGGCCUGGCCACAUACCCCAUCUCUAGAGUGUUCUUUUCAGCUGGAGAGGGGAAGAGGUGCUGCCUCCUUUCCAGAAGAGCUCAUGUAUAAAUGAGAGGCAGGCCCUUGGGGUCCACAGAGAGACCCCAGGUAUUACCUUCUAACUCCUGCAUCCUCAGGAGGGGAAAAGGGACUGGGCAGCAAAGGAGGAUAUGUCCCCAGAAUGGACCCUUGGAGACUCCCAUCCUCUCUUUCCCCUCACCAAGUGCCCAGGAGACCCCUGGCUCAGACCAGCCCAAGGCCUUGCCCAGUGGCAGGGGAAAGGGGCACCACACUCCACCUCAGAGUCAUUUGACUGUCCACAUCCACCCCACCCCUGAUCUUCCACCACCUCUCCAGCUGCCCCUGCCCUCCUUCACAGGCAGCAGAGCUGGGCAGCUUUCUUAUGCCAUUUUCUACACUGUGCUUCAUGAGUAGGACUUUCUUGCACUAGUUCCUAUGACUGAGUCUCCAAGCUGGUUUCCUAGUAGUCCUCCAGGUCCCCCAUCCCUUCCCCCUUCCCUGGCUAUGGUUCAGUUGUCUGUGCCCUCCCUCUUAACCUGCCUCUGUGUUUCAGUGAGAGUGUCUGUAUGUGUACUGCUUUCUGUUUUGUUGCAUUGUGGGGCAGAGGCCUCUCUGCUCUUGUUUAACCCCAUAAAGAAAUAAAUGGUAAGACUUGAUGAUAA